UGGUCAUAUAUAAAGAUAACACAAAUUAAUAAAUAAACAAUCGACAGGAGGGGGAAGGAGUGAAAGGAAAUUCCCAUCUGCUUUUUUUUCUUCCUCUUCCCGAACAUCUUGCGCAGCAGCACCACUGGGGGAGCGGUGCGCAAUUUUUCUCCGUGUGUGAAGCAGCAUUUCUGAGCCGGAACGUACAGAUCAUUGAGGAGAAGAGAGCAGAAGAGAGGAAACACCGCAAUCUGACCACAGAGGGAACCAUUGCAGGUUUUUUUUUCCUGUCUUUAUUUGAAUGCACUCCUGCAGGAGGAGGGGAAGUAGCCAAACCUGAUGCGCCCUCCUAACUGGAUCUUUGCGCGGCCUUGCAUUAGAUAUUUUCUCUAAAUAUAUAUAUAAACGAUCAGAAGAGGUUCAGUGGUGCAGCAUCGUUCAUUGGUCCAUUUGAGAAAUUAUUGCUGCGGGCUGAGGGAGCAGCUUCCACCGCCACUUGACUCUUACAUAACCGGGUGGCUCGAGCUGUCCAAGGUGCUGAACCGAGCGGUCCGGACCUGGGGACGGGACAAGCCGUGGGGGGAUUCACAACCUUGCAAGGUCACAGGCCUACACCGGGGGAGGAAACGCACGGGAUCGGCUCGACCCAACCGCACCACCUGGGUUUUAUUCACAUUCAUCUUUCUUCAUUGUAUCGUCCCCUGCUUCGAGACGCGUUUUCCUGAGCUGGUCCAUUCAGCGGGAGAGAGAAAAUGUCGGGGCAAACGCUCACGGAUCGCAUCGCCGCUGCGCAGUACCAGCUAACGGGAUCAGACAUGGCCCGAGCUGUCUGCAAAGCCACCACUCAUGAAGUGAUGGCGCCCAAGAAAAAGCACCUGGACUACCUGGUGUCGGCCACCAACACCACCAACGUGAACAUCCCUCAGAUGGCUGACACGCUGUUUGAGAGGGCCACCAAUGCCAGCUGGGUGGUCGUGUUCAAGGCCCUCGUCACCAGCCAUCACAUGUGUGUCCACGGCAAUGAGAGAUUCAUUCAGUACUUGGCUUCCAGGACCUCCCUGUUCAACCUCAGCAACUUUAUCGACAAAACCGGCUCUCACGGCUAUGACAUGUCUACAUUCAUCAGACGGUAUGGACGAUACCUGAAUGAGAAAGCUUUCGCCUACCGCCAGAUGGCUUUUGACUUCACCAGAGUCAAGAAGGGUGCUGAGGGCGUGAUGAGGACCAUGACCACUGAGAAGCUGUUGAAAGGCAUGCCUGUUCUUCAGACUGAGAUUGACACACUCAUGGAGUUUGAUGUUCAUCCCAAGGAGCUAAACAAUGGGAUCAUCAAUGCUGCAUUUUUGCUUCUCUUCAAGGACCUGGUCAAACUGUUUGCCUCCUACAAUGAUGGCGUCAUCAACCUAUUAGAGAAAUACUUCAAGAUGAAGAAGAGCGACUGUAAGGAGUCCUUGGAGAUCUAUAAGAGGUUCCUGACCAGGGUGACGAAGAUUGGGGAAUUCAUGAAGCUGGCUGAGACAGUUGGAGUCGACAAAAAUGACAUUCCUGACAUUAACUACGCUCCCAGCAGUAUCCUGGAAUCUCUGGAAACACACAUGAAUGGUCUGGAGGACGUAAAGGGCGGAAAGAAGGGUGAAGGGUCUCCAACAAAGGGAUCGCCGACAAACAACGUGUCUCCAACAUCGACUCCAUCCAAAUCUUCAAACGCUGUUCCCACACUGCAGCCUCCUCCCGGGGAGAGUGCUGGUGCCGCUGCUUCAGCCGCUCCCGAACCAGUCGAAGAUUCCUUGCUGGACCUGGAUCCUCUGUCCUCCUCAGGUCCCUCAGGACCAUCAGCUGCUCCUACAUCUUGGGGAGAUCUUCUUGGAUCAGAAAUGGGCGAGUCCUUGCUAUCUGAACCCACCCUCACAGCAGAGCCCACCCCCUCCUCUGCAGCAGCAACGCCCACUCCUGCAGCGGCAGAACCCGGAGUCUCUCUAGCUCCUCCCACUAGCACAGCAGCUGCCACCGCCCCUGGCGCCGCCAAUAUGGAUCUGUUGGGAGACGCCUUUUCAACACCUGCUCCUGCCCCUGAGGCCUCUGCAGCAGCAGCCGAAGGUGGGGCUGCAGCUACGUCUGCCCCAGCCACCAACGCUGGAGCUGAGUCUACAGGAGGAGACACCUCAGCUGCUGCCGCUCCCGCUGCCCCCGGUGCUGAGCUCAUGUCAGUAUUUGAUGGCCUAGGGGAUGUAAUGAAGCCCACUGUGACCCCUCAAGCAGGCGAUGUUGACACCUCUAUGGCUAACAUGGCGAGUAAUCUCUCAAUGGGAAGCGCAGCGGCCCCUCAGGUAGCUCCCCCCAGUUGGGGUGCUCCCAUGUCCGGAGCACCGGGUGUUGGAGCUCCCAUGAUGCCCAUGGUGAGGCCAGGUUUCCCAGCCACCGGAGCGACACCCGGAGCACCGAUGUCUCCUGGAGCGGCCCAGAGCCCCAGAAAGCCUCCACCUCCCAGGAACGCUCUGGAUGACCUCAAUAUUAAAGACUUCAUGUAGACGGACUGACCCAAAAACCCCCAAGGUUUAUUGUAUCUGGAGCUCCGUGGAUGUGGACGUCUGCACUUCCCCACUGCCUCCCCCUCCAUCACACCCCGACCCCUUCAGCCAACCAGCCAUCACAUCAACCACCUUUGCCCUCUGAACUCCCACCAGCCGCGGCCCCCCUGAAAAAAACAAAAACCCUCCCCUCCUUAUCUAAUGUUGUAGCACAACUGUGAAUGUGAACCCUAGAUACAGAAAACAAAAUUCAGUUUAUGUGUGUGUGGGUGUGCGUGUUAUUCAGUGUUAACCUUUACUUAAUAUACCACUGGAAAAAAACGAACAAAAAAAACUAAUAAAUGUGUAUUUAGAUUCAUUCUGGAUAUCUGCAUAUCAGCUGACUUGGAAUGGUGGAUAUAUGUUGGUUUCUUUGCGCAUCUCCCAGAAGAGGACUGUGUUGUUAAAUGUGGACUGUGUUCAGUGUGUGUAACUUCACUGGCCAACCUCCCCCCACCCACUCCCACUCCUUAACCCAUGUCAUCCAAACUAAUACUGAGCUAUGUUUAUGUCAUUGAAGACUUGGUUGUUCCUGCUCGGCCAUCCAUCCUCCCACCUGUUAUUAAUCCAAAAUGUACCUGAACACAACUUGCCAUCUAAUUCCGGACUUCUCGUUGAGCACAUCUGGUUUCGUUUUAACUUUAUGGUUUCGUAGGGAUCGCACGAACACGCAAAGGUUUGUGAAAUGUGUUCAAAUCGACAUGUUUUAAAUGAUAGAUUAUACAUAUUUUCUUUAUUUUGAGAAGAUACAAAAGCGUAUCAUAUAUUUUUAGUUAUGUCAAAUUAUAUGGUUGAGAAAAAAAGGCAAGUAGACUCAAUAAACCUUCCCUCCUUCUUUGUACAUAUCUCUCAAACUGUAGUCAGAGUCAGUAUUGAAUGGAAACUUUGAGUGUUUACUGUUCCGCCCUCUGCUGGUGUGGAGUGAUUUUGCAUUGUAGCGUGCAGCACUGGUCAAUCUGGGAUGCAUCCUGCAUAGUGCUCUCUAAGAGCUACUUUCCUCGUCUCAGUCUCCAUAUGAAACGACGAAAGAGACAAGGAAGCAUCUGAUUGGAACGUGGCCUCGGUCCUCAACGGUGCAUCUGUUUAUACACUGUCACUGGAAGUCUUGGGGACUCAAGUAUAUGCUGGAUGUUCUGUGUGUUGUUUCUUUCCAAAAGUGACUGUAUCUUAAUCCAUUGUGGCAUUAACGACGUGUUGAAAGAAAAAUAAAGAUGACUAUGACACAUGAAAUCCAAAAGAAUGUGGGUAAAUAAUGUUUGCCGAGUAUUCAUAUGAAGGCUGUGAUGUUUUUUUUUGUGUUUUUUUAAAAAGUUUUAUUUUAUUUUGGGUUAUUAUGGAUGGCAUCGCCCUCUCCCCCUCCCUCGCCCCCACCUGCAUGUGAGUCCAAAUGAGAUGCAAUAAAAGAGAAAUACACUGAUCCAAA